AGGAGGUUCAGGACAUCCAGUGGGGUUUUCAGUUUAUUGCCAGCGAGAAGGAACGUCGAAGCUUUGAAUCUGAGGUCGUCCAGAAAUAACGAUACCUGAAGGAACAACCACAAACAUGGCUUCGAUGGCAAGCAAAAUUGGAAAAGGAGUAUCCGAUGCAGUGAAAACCCUGGGAUUGAGGCAGUCGGCCAAUGUUUAUGAUGCAACACGCAAGAAUUUGAAGAUCAAUAAAAACACGAAGGUUAUUUGUCAGGGAUUUACAGGAAAGCAGGGUACAUUCCACAGCAAGCAGGCGAUCGAAUAUGGAACGAAAGUUGUCGGCGGUGUUGCGCCGGGUAAAGGCGGCACCAUGCAUCUCGAGCGCCCGGUGUUCAACACUGUUAAAGAGGCUGUCCAGGCCUUGCAAGCCGAUGCCACUGUUAUCUACGUCCCUGCACCUCGGGCUGCUGCCGCUGUUAUAGAAGCUAUCGAUGCGGAAGUGCCUCUCGUAGUCUGUAUUACCGAAGGUAUACCACAGCAGGAUAUGGUGCGCGUCAAGAACCGGCUGCUGCAACAGAGCAAAACUCGUCUUGUUGGGCCCAAUUGCCCUGGAAUAAUUAAGCCAGGGGAGUGCAAAAUCGGAAUCAUGCCGGGUCACAUCCACAAGCCGGGCAAGAUUGGCAUCGUUUCGCGUUCGGGAACGCUGACCUAUGAAGCAGUCUACCAGACCACGCAGACACACUUAGGACAGACCUUGUGUGUGGGAAUAGGAGGAGAUCCUUUCAACGGAACCAACUUUAUUGAUUGCUUGGACAUCUUCUUGAAUGACCCGCAGACCGAAGGUAUCAUUUUGAUCGGUGAAAUCGGUGGAUCAGCGGAAGAAGCGGCUGCGCAGUAUCUUCAGGAAAACAACACGGGACCUGAUGCUAAACCGGUAGUGGGAUUUAUUGCCGGUCGAACGGCGCCACCCGGAAGACGCAUGGGCCAUGCUGGAGCUAUCAUUGCGGGAGGCAAAGGUGGAGCAAAUGCUAAGAUUGCUGCGCUUAGAGAAGCCGGUGUUACGGUUGUCGACAGCCCGGCUCAGAUGGGUGCAGCGAUGUUAGAGGAAAUGAAACGCGCUGGACGAGCAUAAUCGGACGCAUUGGAUCGUAUUUAUGCCGUGAUUAGUCGUUAUUUCUUAUGAUUACUGUCGGCGUUUAGUUGAAGUCGUGUGUUGUUACUUACUUUCUGUUCUACGUUCUACACUACUAGUACUUUUAGAGAUUUUAUUAGUGUUCUUAAGUGUAGCGAGCUGCUUUAGGAAUCGAGGGUAAAAAGAACCAAAUUUG